UGAUAAUUUCACAAGCACAUCAUACUCUCUACAAAAGACGUCAGUCCCGGUGCUCGGCCUCAACCUGCUCCUGUACAGUUAGGCUAUCAGUUUGUUGCUUAAGCAAGCUGAGUCGGUAUAUGUGAAAGAAAACCAACAUCGAUAACCGUGUCGACUUUGUCCUACAUUUGAAUUGGCCGUUUGGCCCGGGCUUCCUUUUCAGGCGACUUUGCAUGUGUACAAGUCCAGGCACCACCGAAGGAGCAUACUGUAGGGGCACAUAGCGAGUUAUCCAAGCCUCCGUAGUCGCUCUGCUGUAAACGUUUCGCUUGAAACUUGGUAGUCAGCCCGAAGCGCUGUGACGAUGGGCCUCGAUGGUGGAACCGUUGUCACGCGCUCGGACGUGCUGCGAGGCCAGUCCUGGAGGGUUGCGCAGAACGACACCUCUCGCUCGACACGGGGUGGGAACGUCACGCGGGUUCCCACGGAAGCAGUGGACAAGAACAUCGAACGAGCCACCGCCUGGUCCACCUGCUCACUCACCUCCCAGCCGCUGCAGCCGCCCAUCGUCGCAUGCGGCUUGGGUCGGCUGUACAACAAGGACGCCGUACUGCAGUUCCUGCUAUGCAAGAAGGACAAGAUCUCGGAUCCAGAGGCACUGCUGCAGUACGCCAACCAACUCCGUGUGGCGGCCGGCAGUUUGGACCACAUUACCUGCCUCAAAGACGUCUUGGAAGUGCAGUUGCAAGAUUCCGCUGCGUCAGCGGCUGCGGACCUUCAAAUCAACAGCACCACUACCGGCACUACCACAACCGCUGCUGCUGCUUUUACACUCGGCGCGUCUACGUCCGCAGCGGCGGCGGUCGCGGCAAGCGGGACUACUACUGCAGAUGACUUCCUCGCAGCGGCAGCCUCACGUUUCGUGUGCCCCGUCACGCUGCUACCCUGCCACCGACAUCCCUGUUCCGCACUGCGGCCAUGCGGGCACGUCAUCAGCGAUCGGGCGCUCCGGAACCUGAGGGGCAGUGGCGACCCCUGUUGCCCCGUUUGCAGCCGUCCUUACACCUCAGAGUUGCCAAUUAAUGGCACCCCAGAGCAAGUGCAGCAACUGAGAGAGGGACUGCGGGCGGCAGCUGCUGCAGCCAAGGCAGCAAAGGAAGCUAAGAAGCAGCAACAGCAGGCAGAGGGUGG